UUUUAGCACAAAGACGUAAAUUCCCGUGAAAAACCUACCCUGUUGCUUCUCUCCACUCCAUCACUUUCCUGCACGAACCCUCUCUGUCUCUUCUUCUUAUCUUUUACUCUUCUAUUUCACUUCCUCAUCUCUUGCUCUCUUCUCUCUCCAGUUGUAUGCAAACAAGCUGGUUGGGGAUUUUGGUCGCAGGCGCUCCAACCGUAAAGGAAAUGAGUUGGUCAUCAAGUGAUAAUUUUUUUGUGAGCUCAAAAUUAGAGGUCUUCUCGAUUGACCUCUCUUCCAAGCCAUUAGAAUUGACACAGAGCAAAGCUGUCGUCUAUGACGGGCCGAAGGGUGAUGAUUUCAAGAAGUUCUUGCGUUCUAAGAACCUUCGAGUAAACCGUCAGGGAAAGGCUAUUGUACGCAUCCAAAAGCGCGACAACGAUGGUGAAUUCCUUGAAUGUCAGUAUGAUAACUUCGUUUUAGAAAUGGUGGUACCGUUGGGCCCUUUUGGUUUCCAGAACUUACCAUUGCCGAAGCCACAAGCGGUGAAUGAAUUGGAAAGCCUCCUAGGCAAUACCAAGGCUGAAUUGGGGAAGAAAAAUGAUGAUCUUAAUGAAUUGCAAAACCUCCUAAACAAUACCAAAGCUGAAUUGGUGAAGAAGAAUGAUGCACUUAAUGAAUUGCAGAGUCUUUUGGACAAUAACAAUGCUGCAUUUACGAAGAAGAAUGAUGCGCUUAAUGAAUUAAUGAAGCUGAAGAUUGAUCAGGACUUGAAUCAUGAAAAGUUCCGACUGACUAUGAUUGGGAUCACAAAUUCAAUGAAGAGAGUGUUUGUUGACUUUGGUCUUGAACCACCGGCAAGUGAAGAUCCAGAAUAUGUGCUGAGACUGUUACAUGAUCUGAUCCUUCAAAAAGAAAUCGGUGCUACUUUCUUGGUAGCCGCAAAUGAGAUACUGGCCUCGAUUGCAAGUAUGUUUCACAAACGCAGUGGCUUAAGCAUUGGCAUGGAAACGAAUAGUCUGACGACUCCAGCCCGUCUCAUUAAGGUUCUUUUUACCUUAAGAGGCUUUAUGGAGUCCCGCUUCUUUAUUGAUGGCAGUGUUAUGGUCAAGGAUUUACGUCUGAUGAACGAGGAAGACCUCCCAGUCAUCUUUCAGGAUUCUGCAGCAGAUGUGGCUGAGCUGAAGCAGAAUAAGGAGAUGGGUACGAAAUCAAUCGAUAACAUCGACAGAAACUCCAUCUUCUAUGGGUAUUUCAACAUUCCGACGGUGGGGAUGUUCAAGGGGGUUUUGACAAGAGUUCAUUUCAACCUGCCGGAUGUCACACUGCCGGAUGAGAUCAUGGUGAAACUUAGAGUAGGCAAACAUAACCUUAAAGAUAAAAGGUUUUGGUUUGUCUAUGCCAACGGGUCAGGUAUAUUUCAAAAGGAGCCUUUAUGUCCUGAAGAUGUCAAAUUCUCCCCUUCUCGGUUCUUAGGUGGCGAGACCGACUUCUUAGGGUUUUUGCUUAAGAUGAAUCGAACAUUCGUUAACAAGGAGGGGACAUAUCUCAAGUUUGAUUUUAUUGCAACCAAGAGUUCAACAGUGGUGAAUGACAAUAUCCUUUACUAUUUGGACAAGGAUUUUGCAUUGAUUAAACCUUUUAGGUUGGUGCAAUUUGAUGUGAAUGAAAGUGCAAUCGAUAUCAUAGAACGGAAGUUUUCAGCCCCUACAUCAUGGACAGGUGGUACGAGUGAUAAAUAUGCCUCCUGGAUUGUAAAUGAAGGUUUGGGUAAUGAUAGUGCUUUCACGUUGAAGGGUAUCUGUUUUAUUGGAAAAAUAACAAAAACCUCUGGUUCUUUUCGUAGUAAUGCUCUGGUCAGUGUAUUCUUCGAACAUAACCAACACAGGGAGAAUUGUUAUGUCGAUGCUCUAGCAACAACUUUCUUUGUUUUAAAAACAGAGAAAAUAACUUCUUGGAACAAUGGUGAAAAGAAGGCUCUGGAAUUUAUUUAA